UCGUAUCAUCCCAAAACUCAUCUCUCUCUCUCUCUCUCUCUCAUUUUCGAUUCUUUUCUUUCAAACGCUUUCUAGGGUUUCUCAAAUCUUGACCCUUUCCUCCUCAAACAAGAAACCUUUGAGGCAAACACGAACCCAACAAAGAAAAGAGACAAACCCAGAAAACAAAGUUUUAAACUUUUUUUGUUCUUGUCCGAAUCAUUCUUCAUAAAGAUUCCGUCUUUUACCUUUUGUACAAACAUGACACCCGCAAAGCUCAAAACUUUACCUCAAAACCGCUCCUUCUAGCUUCCUUUUUCCAUCUCCCUAACCUCCUUUUUUUCCUUCUAGAUGGGUUGUGUUCAAUGCAAAUGUUGUAGCCGCUACCCAUCUUCAUCCUCAGAACCCGCCUCCUCCCGUGGACACGCCAAAGGCAACAAAGACUCCUCCUCCUCCUCCACCUCCGUCGUCCUCCAAAAGCCUCUCGGCCCAACAACAAUCCAAAUCCCAUCUCCCAACUUCGAAUUGGUCUACUCCGUCCUCUCUCAACGAGGCUACUACCCUGACUCACCAGACAAAGAGAAUCAAGACACUUACUGCGUCAAAACCGAGCUCCAGAACAACCCUAACGUCCACCUCUUCGGUGUCUUCGACGGCCACGGCGUCUUCGGUACUCAAUGCUCGAACUUCGUUAAAGACAGAGUCGUUGAGCUUUUGUCUGAAGACGUUACUCUCCUUGAGGACCCGGAGAAGGCUUACAAGUCUGUUUUCUUGAAAGUGAAUGAAGAGUUGCAUAGCAGUGAGAUUGAUGAUUCGAUGAGUGGGACUACUGCGAUUACGGUUCUUGUAGUUGGGGAUAAGAUUUACGUUGCGAAUGUUGGGGAUUCGAGGGCUGUGUUGGCUGUUAGAGAUGGGAGUGGUGGUCAUAGGAACAGGGUUGUUGCGGAGGAUUUGUCUUAUGAUCAGACGCCGUUUAGGAGAGAUGAGUGUGAGAGGGUGAAAGGGUGUGGAGCGAGAGUGUUGAGUGUUGAUCAGGUUGAAGGGUUGAAGGAUCCGAGUGUGCAGACUUGGGCUAGUGAAGAGAAUGAAGGUGGUGACCCGCCUAGGCUUUGGGUGCAGAACGGGAUGUAUCCGGGGACGGCUUUUACUAGAAGUGUUGGUGAUAGUUUAGCUGAAGGGAUUGGUGUUACUGCGGAGCCUGAAGUGUCUAUGGUUAAGCUUUCGCCGAAUCAUUUGUUCUUUGUUGUUGCGAGUGAUGGGAUCUUUGAGUUUCUUCCGAGCCAAGCUGUUGUUGAUAUGGUGGGGAGAUAUGCUGAUCCGAGAGAUGGAUGUGCAGCAGCUGCAGCGGAGUCAUACAAACUGUGGUUGCAGCAUGAGAAUAGGACAGAUGAUAUCACAAUUAUCAUUGUACAGAUAAAAAACUUGUGUAAUGAAUGAUGAUGAUGAUGGCAUGGUUCACAUUCCUCUUUGCCUCUUUGUGUUGUUUCUUUUUGUGUUUCUAUGUCAAGAGAUUCAUCAUAUAUAGCAAAAAGUAAAAGUGUGUUGAAAAGAGAUUCUUAUACAGAGUUAAAAGACAUGUUUAAUGCAACAUUUUCUCCAAAGAGUUGCUUUGGUGCAGAGAUGAAGC